GCGAAAGCAGUGAUCUCAUGGACAGGCCAAAGCGGCGUCUUCUCCACGCCACGCAGUUUGUGCACUCCAGCGCCGACAGAAAUACCAUUGUCUCAGUCGACGCAGCACCGUCGCUUUUGUUGUAUUCGCUUUCACCUACAAGCAUUGGCUUCGAUUUCUUAUUGUUUGCCCUCCGUACCUUUACCGCCUCGCCUGCCUCGAUCAUGAUAUACCACGCCUAAUGUUUACCGCCACCAGACUAAAGAACGCCCCCUCGAGCCAUCCUCAUCUUCACGAUCCGAUUACCGCUGGACAGUCUGGUUAGCUAGAAACCAGCCGGGCGACCCCCGAGCAGAUCAACCAUGUCUUUACGAAACAACCCUUUUAUGCGGAACGCGUCGCCGGCGGCUGCGCCAGGACCGACGGCAGGCCCGAGGCCAAGGCCACAAUCCGUCAGUUUCCCGUCGCCGAGUCCGCUCUCGGGCCUAUCGACACCGCCCUCGGGCUCGCCACAUGUACGAAACAAGUCGCAGGCCGCAAUAGCAGGCGCAAUGGGGGUCACCGCGGGGAGCAGCGGCAGCAUACCGCGGCACGCGAGAGAGGGGUCGGGCCGCGGCAGCCUACCAUCCUCCAAUACGUUUGCGCCCUCCUUCAUCAAGUCGGAAGAGAUGCAGCGCCGGCCGGUCGAUGUUGUGAGGGGCAUUGAGGGGGAGAACGACUUCUCGGGCAAGCGUUAUGUUUGGCUUAAGGAUCCCCAAACAGCCUUUGUCAAGGGAUGGGUCGUCGAAGAGCUUGCUGGCGGCCGCCUACUAGUGCAAUGUGACGACGGCAGUCAACGAGAGGUGGACGCCGAGAUGGUGGACAAGGUCAACCCCGCCAAGUUCGACAAGGCGGGGGACAUGGCCGAGUUGACGCACUUGAACGAGGCGUCGGUGGUGCAUAACCUAUAUACACGAUACCAGUCCGACCUGAUAUACACAUACUCCGGGCUCUUUUUGGUCACGGUCAACCCCUACUGUCCGUUACCAAUAUACACGAAUGAGUACAUCAACAUGUACAAGGGCCGCAGCCGCGAGGACACCAAGCCGCACAUCUUCGCCAUGGCCGACGAAGCGUUCCGCAACCUUGUUGACGAGGGCUUCAACCAAAGCAUCCUCGUGACGGGCGAGUCGGGUGCGGGCAAGACAGAAAAUACAAAGAAGGUGAUUCAGUACCUGGCUGCCGUGGCGCACUCUGACCAUGGCAAGGGCAGCAAGGGGCAUCAGUCCAACCUUUCGGCCCAGAUCCUGCGGGCCAACCCGAUUCUGGAAGCGUUCGGUAACGCGCAGACGGUGCGCAAUAACAACUCGUCGCGUUUCGGCAAGUUCAUCCGCAUCGAGUUCAGCAAAGGCGGCAGUAUCGCCGGUGCCUUCAUCGACUGGUACUUGCUGGAGAAGUCGCGCGUGGUGCGCAUCAACUCCAACGAACGCAACUACCAUGUUUUCUACCAACUUUUGAAGGGCGCAGACCGGCGCAUGAAGCAGGACUUCUUGAUGGAGAACAUGGACUGCGAGCACUUUGCCUACACGCGCGACGGCAACGACACCAUCUCGGGUGUGUCGGACCGCGAGGAAUGGGAGGCGCUGAUGGAGGCCUUCGAGGUCAUGGGCUUCUCGUCGGCAGAUCAGGCGGCAGUGCUGCGCACGGUGGCGGCGGUACUGCACCUGGGGAACAUCACAGUAGUCAAGGAGAGCCGGGCAGCGGACCAGGCUCGUCUAGCUCCCGACGCCAAGGAACACGCGGAGCGUGUCUGCCAGCUUCUCGGAGUACCCCUGGAGCCCUUCCUCCAGGGCCUCCUGCAUCCCAAGGUCAAGGCAGGCCGCGAGUGGGUCGAGAAGGUGCAGACGCCAGAACAGGUGCGCCUAGGCCUGGACGCGCUGUCGAAGGGUAUCUACGAGCGCGGGUUCGGCGACCUGGUAACGCGCAUCAACCGGCAGCUGGACCGCACGGGCAUGGGCAUGGACGACUCCCGCUUCAUCGGCGUGCUCGAUAUCGCGGGUUUCGAGAUUUUCGAGGAGAACAGCUUCGAGCAGCUCUGCAUCAACUACACCAACGAGAAGCUGCAGCAGUUCUUCAACCACCACAUGUUUGUGCUCGAGCAAGAGGAGUACGCUCGCGAGCAGAUUGAGUGGCAGUUCAUCGACUUUGGCCGCGAUCUUCAGCCGACGAUCGACCUGAUCGAGCUGCCCAACCCCAUCGGUGUCUUCUCGUGCCUGGAUGAGGACUGCGUCAUGCCAAAGGCCACUGAUAAGACCUUCACCGAGAAGUUGCACUCGCUGUGGGACAAGAAGUCAGACAAGUACAGGCCCAGCCGCCUGCGCCACGGUUUCGUGCUCACCCACUACGCCGCCGAGGUCGAGUACUCCACGGAAGGCUGGCUGGAGAAGAACAAGGACCCGCUCAACGACAAUGUCACACGACUGCUGGCCGCCUCGACGGAUACCCACGUCGCCAGCCUGUUCGCCGACUGCGCUGCUGACCAGGACGACGAGAGUGGCGGUAUGCGCAGCCGCGUCAAAAAGGGGCUAUUCCGCACCGUUGCCCAGCGCCACAAGGAGCAGCUGUCGAGCCUCAUGGCUCAGCUGCACUCGACGCACCCGCACUUUGUGCGAUGUAUCCUCCCCAAUCACAAAAAGCGCCCCAAGCAGUUCAACAACCUGCUAGUUCUUGACCAGCUCCGCUGCAAUGGUGUGCUCGAGGGGAUUCGCAUUGCCCGUACCGGCUUUCCCAACCGUCUUUCCUUUGCCGAGUUCCGCCAGCGGUACGAGGUCCUGUGCCGCGAUGACAUGCCAAGGGGCUAUCUCGAGGGCCAGGCUGCUACCUCCAUAAUACUAUCCAAGCUCGGACUCGACAAGGGCCUCUUCCGCCUAGGUCUGACCAAGGUCUUCUUCCGGGCCGGCGUUCUGGCCGAGCUCGAGGAGCAGCGUGACGCCCUCAUCACCGAGAUCAUGAUACGUUUUCAGUCCUUGGCUCGCGGGUUCAUCCAGCGCCGCAUUGCCUACAAGCGCCUGUAUCGUGCCGAGGCCACCCGGGUCAUCCAGCGCAACUUCCAGGUCUACCUCGACAUGUGCGAGAACCCCUGGUGGCAGUUGCUUGUUCGCAUGAAGCCGCUCCUGGGCGCCACCAGGACGGCUACCGAAGUCAAGCGCCGCGACGAAAUGAUCCGCCAGCUACAUGAGCAGAUGCGUCUGGAGGAGGCCAACCGCGCGCGCCUCGAGGAGGAGCGCCGCAACUGUCACGCAGAUAUGGUGCGCAUCCAGCAGACACUUGAGAGCGAGCGUGCCCUGGCGCUAGACAAGGAAGAAAUCUUCAAACGGCUUCAGUCGCGCGAGGCCGAGCUCGAGGAGAAACUGGCUGGUGCCAUUGAGGACCAGGAGCGUCUCGAGGACCAGCUUGACAGCUUGCUUGACGCCAAGAAGCAGGCCGAGGAGCAGGUUGAGAAGUUCCGCUCCCAGCUGGAACAGGCGGCCACGCUCAUAAGCAAACUCGAGGACGAGAAGAGGGAGCUGGGCGCGCGUCUGACCGCUCUCGAGGGCGAGAUGCAAGAUAUGUCACAACAGCAGUCACAGAGGAGCAUCCAGGAGGAGGCACUGCAGGACGAAAUCAAGAUGCUGCAAAGUCAACUGUCACUCAAGGACCGCAAGGCCCGUGACCUCGAGGGCAAGCUGCUCAAGAUUGACCAGGACGCCGAAGUCAAGCUGGUGGCCGCCCAGAAGGAGCUCCAGGCGGCCAAAACCCGGGAGACGCGGUUAACGACGGAAAACAGCGACGUCAAGCAGCAGCUCACAGAGCUGUCCAAGACCUCAACCGACUACGAAGAUCUCGUCCGCAAGAAGGAGAGCGAGUUGGUUAUCCUGCGCGGCGACAACAAGAAGUUCGAGAUGGAGCGUCGGUCCAUCGACGAGCAGAUGAAGACCCUGUCCACCGAAAAAGAGAAGGCAUCCAGCAGACUGCGCGAAGUCCAGGCCGAAAUCUCGGCCCUCAAGUCGCAGCAGUCGCAACUUCAGCGCGAGGCUGAGGACGCCAAGAACCUGCUAGAGGCUCGCUUGUCCGAGGACGCGCAGGCGGGCCAGAACCGCCAAGUGCUAGAGACACAGAUCAAGGAUCUUAAGGAGGAGUUGUACAAGGCGCAGAUGGACCUCAGCCGGGAGCGGCAGUCCCGCGACGAUGUGCUGCUUCUGGGCGAGCACAAGUUCAACACGCUACAGGAGGAGUACGACCGCCUCAACGAGGCCAAGAUUACCAUCGAGAAGGAGCUGUACGCGCAGCAGGACACCCUGAGGCGCACUAUGGAGGCGCGCACAACGGCCGAGCGCGAGCGCGACGAGGCCCGCGAGGAGAUCAGGAGGCUCCGGGCGGCCAUGCUCCAGGCCGAAGAAGCCCGACGCGAUGCUGAGAGCGCGGGCGAGCGGGCAGCGCUCAAGAUUGCGCGCGAGCGUGAGACUAGCCUCGGCAAAGACCUUGACGCGGCACAGGAGAGAUUGCAAUGGUUCGAGGAGGAAUGCGCCAAGCUGAACCAUCAGGUCGAGGAUCUCAACAAGCUCAUCCUCGAGUCGGGCGAGUUUGGGCUCAAGAACGACCAGGAGAAGGAGCGCAUGCAGCGCGAGCUUCAUACCGUCAAGAGCCGCCUUACGGCCUCGGAGAACGACAACCGCGCGCUGCUCAACAAGUUGCAGCAAAAAGGGCUGGAGAUCGCGCGCUCGGCGUCGAUGGCGAGCGAGGCCUCGAGGGGCAAGGUUCAGAUGCUCCAGCGCGAAAAGGCCAGGCUCGACGAGCAGAACGCCAAGCUCAACAAGCAGCUUGGUGAUGCCCAGCUCGCCAUUGCGUCACUCGAGAAGAAGGCCGAAAAGCUCCAGUUGAACCUGGAGGACCUAAACCACGAGAUCGCGCGCGAGGUCAAGGCCAGCCGCAACGCCGAGAAGGCCUCGUCGGGCUUUACGGCACAGCUGGCCGAGGCCAAUCGGACUAUCGAGUCGGAGCGGACGCUCAAGACACAGGCGCAAACCACGGUCCGGACGCUACAAGGCACCCUCGACUCCCGGGACAAGGAGCUAGCAGACCUGCGCACUCAGCUGUUGAGUAUCCUCAAGACGGUGGAGCCGGAGCCAGACCCAGACCUGCAGCCCGACUGCGGCCACGACAAACUCGUGUCCAAGUCUUUUGAUUUGGCACGCAAGGUCGAAGAGCUGCAGCAGAGCCUGCGGGUGCAGACGGCGGCACGCACCAGCGCCGAAGCCCAGGUUGCCGAACUUAGGACAGCGGCCCAACAGAACGACAGGCUCGAGUCGACACGGCCAAAGCUCGAGGAGAUGGACCCCAACGAGGCACCCUUCAACGCGUCCCCGACCCAGCGCAAGUCCAAGAUCAACGGACGGCACUACUCCAAUGUGUCGACGCCUCCUCCUCGCCGUUUUAACAAUCCCGAGAACGACCCGGCUCACGACUCGAUCCGGUCAGACCGCACAGCAGACGUGCUCAGCUUCAACAACCGCCAAGAUCUCAAGGCCGAGAUCGAGGAGCUGCAGAACCAGCUGCAGCUCGCCGAGAUCAAAAACAAGCACCUCGAGAGCCAGCUGGAGAGGGCUACGCCCGGACCGGGUGCGGCCAACGGCGACGAUAGCCCAUCGAUACGGCGACGGGCGGAGAAGCUUGAGAAGGCUAACAGCCGGCUCCAGGAGAUGCUGGACGAUUCUACCAAGAAGGUUUCGGUCCUGGAGAAGGCGGUGCGGACGGGUGAGCUGUCGCUGCGUGACAUCCAGACAAGGUCGCACGAGGAGAUUCUCGACGUGCUUAACAGCCAGGAGGAGUCGCGGCGUUCGCUGCUGCACAGCCACCGCGACGCCGUGGCCGAGCUGGCCGACAUCAGGGACCACUUCGACCGCAUGCGGCACGAGCGGGCCAAGAUAGAGGUUGACCUGCGAGACGCGAGGUCGGACUUGCAGGACAUGGCGCUCGCGCGCGACCAGGAGGCGGCCAGCCGCAGCCAGCUCCUGCAGGAGUUUUCGGACAUGCAGAUCCGGCUCGACGCCGAAGCGUCCAAGCUUGGCGACGUGACGGCCAGCCUCAACUUGUACAAGUCGCGGGCGGACGAGUACUUCAGCAAGCUGGAGCAGGCCGAGAUCGCGGUGCUCAAGGCCAGCCGGGCGGAGCAGUUCGCGCGGGCGCAGGCGCGCGAGGCCGAGGAGACGUGCGCAGAGGCGCUGACAGAGCGCAAGCGGACCGACGCGACGCUCGAGGACUUGCAGCGGCAGAACCAGCGGCUCGAGGAGAGGGUCGAGGACAUGUCGACGGACCUCGAGGCGGCGACGCAGGCCAAGCGGCGGCUGCAGCACGAGCUCGAGGACUACCGGGCGCAGCGGGCCAACGAUAUCGAGGACAAGGAGUCGAGCAUGGAGCAGACGCGCAAGAAGUAUCAGGCCGAGUUCGCGACGCUGACCAAGGAGCUGGACCUGGCGCGCGAGGAGCGGCUGUUCAAGCAGGCCGAGAUCGCGCGGCUGCGCGAGGAGCUGGACGAGCUCCGGUCCAAGUGGGACGACGAGGUGCUCAAUAGCUCGACGUGGAGCAAGGAGAAGUCGCGGCUCGAGGCGACGCUGGCCGACGUGGCGUCGAGCCGUGACGAGGCCGUGGCGGCGCACAGCGAGGCGCAGGGCAAGAUCGUCAGCCUGUUGGGGCAGGUGCGGGUGCUGCGGUCGUCGGUGGACGAGGCGUCGGCCGAGCGCGACGCGCUGGUGCGCGAGAAGCGCGGCGUCGAGGCGCGGCUCGAGGAGGCCAAGGCCGGGCUCGAGGAGCUGGCGCGCGCGGGCGAGAACCCUAGCCUCCGCAACGCGGCCGGCAUGGACAAGGAGAUGCUGGAGCUCCGCAGCGCGGCGGCGCAGAGCCAGGACGUCGCCGCGGCCGCAGCCGAGAAGAUGCGGCGGGCUGAGGCGCUCGCGGCUGAGGUGCAGCGCGACCUGGCGGCCGAGCGCGAGUCGGCGGUGCGCCUGCAGAAGGACAAGGCGGCGCUCGAGAAGAGCCUGAGCGAGGUGCAGCUGCGGCUGGUGGACCUCGAGACCAAGGGGUACUCGAGCGCGAGCCAGGACAUCAAGUUUCUUCACAAGCGGAUCCAGGAGCUCGAAACACAGCUCGAGACCCAAGAGGACGAGCGCAACAAGUCGCAGCGCUCGGUGCGCAACGUGGACCGGACGGUCAAGGACCUGCAGUCGCAGCUCGAGCGCAAGGACAAGCAGAACGGGCAGCUGCAGGACGACCUGGGCCGGAUGCGCGACAAGGUCGACAAGCUGCUCAAGGCCAUCGACGAGCUACAGGCGUCCGACUCGGCCUACCAGCUCAACGCUCGGCGGGCCGAGCGCGACCUGCGCGAGGAGCGCGAGGAGCGCCUGCGCCUGGAGCGCGAGCUCGAGGGCUGGAAGAGCCACCGGCUCGAGAAGAACGGCGGCGGCUCGUCGGCGGGCUCCGUCAUCAAUGGGUUCGGCGGCGGCAGCGGCGGCGGCAGCACGCGCCGCAACACGGCCAGCGGUAUCGGCAUCGGCGGCGGCGGCGGCGGCGGCGGCGGCCUGCGCCACUCGGUGCUGGGGCUGGCGUCGACCUUUGAGGCGGCCGCGGCCGCCGAGGAGGGCGGGCCCAACGGUCUGGACAUUCCAAAGAGGAAGAGCAGCAUUAGCAGGGUGCCCAGCCUGACCAAGGGGUUCCUAUAGUUGGGCUGUUUUGACAAUGGCGGGCGGCGGGUGUGAUUCUGCGGUUUGCAGCUUUUGAUGCUAUUUUUUUUUUCUCUCCUCUUCUCCCUUGAAUACCCUAAGAGGUAUUAUUGUUUCUUGUUGUUUUUUGCCACUUUUUUGGUAUUCACAGCAUUCUUUGGCAUUCUUUGUUGCUACUGUACAUGAUCACUGGGCACACUGGAAGAUUUGCAUAUGCGGCUAUAGGGGGGAGGGAGGCAGAAACUUGGCGAUCUGGGGGGAGGCGGUCUCACGACGGUUGCGUAACACUAAUGAAGGACAGGCAGGGGAAAAAGGAGGCAAGGCGAAUGAAGCUUGGGCUGUAAUUUAUAACGGCGUCGUGUGUUUUGACCCUGUUCUUCUUACCUUAUAAUGCUGCAAUUACG